ACAGCUCGCACCACCGACCGACCGACUGACUCUGCAGCCGCUCUCCCAACCUGCACCACCCUUCUUCUCCGACGCACCAAUCAAGGCAUCUGAGCUUGCGAGAGAUGAGGUGUUACCGCGUUUGGGGCAAGUGCGGCGCCGCGACUUGCGUCGCUGCAACAGCGGCACUGCUGCUGCUGGUGAUAGCGUUGCCGGCCACAAGCGCCCAACUUGACGAAGCGCAGUGGGCAGCCAACGAUGAUGACGCCGACUCGCCUCUCCUCUACCUCACGCCACAGACGGUUGGAUCUGAGCGAGCCAAGCGGACCGGUCUGGUUGGAGGCAUGGGUGGAGGUAUGGGGGGCCUUUCAGGGGGCGGGGGUGGCGUGGGUGGCCCGUCUCUGUCCAUCGUGAACCCGCUGGACGUGCUGCGGCAGCGCGUCAUGCUCGAGAUGAUUCGGCGGCGGAUGCGCGAGUCCGAGGGUCAAAUCCAGGCCAACAGGGAGAUGCUCAAUUCUGUCGGCAAGCGCUCCCUCCCCUCCUUUGACUUCAGACGACACGCCAGAGACACCACCAGCAGAAAAGCGUCGGACGGAUUGAGCCACAACCCUGAGCAUAGUCGCGUGGUGUUGUAGACAGACUGCCUCCGCCGUGUCACCCCUGCUGCUGACCCACACCCCUCUCCUCAUUCACCCUUUAGUCUCUCUUUCGUCUACUUUUUCUAAAACUAUGUACCAUACUAACGAAAAUUCGUUUGGUGUUGAAUGUAGUACAAAUUUUCCCCAUUAGUUUUGUCCCCAAAUAAAAAAUCUUCUGAUCUGUCCUGGUAGAGAAAUUAGAGCAGCGCAAAAAAACGAUGGUGUAAUUUAGCAAUCGCAAAACAAGGCUAAUAAAUAUCGCUUCAGUUCCUGUCUCGUUGCGCCAAAAAUUCAUUUCAAAUUCAACACAAGAAAAUAAUACUCAGAGGCUGGAAACAAAAUAUAACUAUUGUGAAAAAAAAACAUGUAUUUCUUUGUGUCGGCGGAGAAUAGAAAUUGGCCCCCCUAGUCUCUCUGCACUCUCGACACAUGUGUGUGUACAUUUUUCAUUUGUUGCAACGAAAUAUAUUUUUAUUUCUCUGUAUGUUAAAGAGAGAGGAAAUAAACAGAAAAUAUUUAAUUGCACCGUCGCGGA